AUGGAUAAAAUAUUGCAAGUUUGUGACAGUUUUAAUUCUAUCUACCCUCAACAUUUUCAAAUUUUUUUAGACAAUUGCGUUAAAGAUUACGCAGAAACUUUUGGUGCAAAUGAUUAUUUAUUUGCAGCAGUUUAUUUUUUAAUUUUGGAGACCGGCUUUUCUCCAAUUGAAUUGUCUGAUACUUUAAGUAUCGACUCGACAAGUUUUGAUAUUAGGAAAUUGCGUCUCGUGAAAAGUUAUUGUAAAGAUAAUAUAAGAAUUCCCAAGCGUUCAAAUAAGACGAAAUACUUUUUUUAUCAAAUUCCAUUGAAGCUAGGAAAUUACAGCUCAGGGAUCUGUGAAUUACAAGGAGUACCAUCUGCUGAACAUAGUCCUCAUCUUAUAAUUAAUUUUCUUUGGAAACCUUCCCAUGUCAUAAAAUCAUUAUGUUUAGAUACUGAAAAUAUGUAG